AUGCGAGAGGUGCCGCAAAUCGAAAUCUCGACCAAUGAGCUGGUCUAUGCUCCCUUGGACCCGUUUGCUCGCUCGAUCCCCAGACAGAGCCGAAUGCCAUUCAAUCUCGGUAGCUCAGAUCCAGUCGAGGAAAUCGACGAGGAACGAGGCUGGCUCUGGGGCACCCAGACAUCCAAGAAGAAGGGUACCGACCGGAUUGUUACACCUGGCUUGGGCGUCGGCAAAUACCGCUCAAAGAACAGCCGCGGCCAACGUCAGGAUUCUCUCAACUCACGACAGUCUCAUUUACAGACUGAUGAUAUCGAUGAGUUGAUGGAGGAACUUAUGUAUGCUGACGAGGCUGGAGACGCGUACAAAUACGACAAUGGCCCGGAGGAGCCAUCCACCCGCUUUGCCACAACCGGGGUCUCAUCUCUGCUCGGCAGAUUGAAAGAUAGCUUCAGUGACAGGUCCGGUUUUGGCAGCCUGAGCUCUUCGGCGGGAAGACUGGGAAUCGAUUCCAGCCGGGGGCAAUGGAACGAAGUUGGUCGGUUAGUCAUUGAUGAUGAGAAAGAUAUUACCACCCAAGACGACGACGAUCACGAGAAGACGCCAGGCUUCCAAGUCCGCUUCGAGAGCAAUGUCUCAUUCAGAUCAGCCCCUCCUUUAUCUGAGAUCGUCGUCCUUCCGCUUUCCGAGCUUUCGGCCUCCACGUGGGACGAUCACUCGGAGGACCACAAGGUCGCUAAGACCAACCGGGCGCGCGCUCCCAGUCUCGAGGUGGAGUUCGACGACGCGCAAGCCGGAUAUAUUUCCACUGGCCAUCCCUUCCGUCAGCCAGAUUCGUGUCCCCGAACUUCUGGGACCAACUCGUCGAACGGAAAAAUUGGCGGUUUGGUCAAGGUGAAGUCUAAGCAUCUCUACCCCGGCGGCUACGUCGGCCGGUCACCCACCAAAAAGCUGAGGAAAAAGGAUUCCCCUGACGCGUAA